AUGUCUGUGGCAGAGGUGGGCGAGUCUUUGGCUGACGGGUACGGCGGGAGAUAUGGUAGGCAAGAUUACUUGCGGUAUGGCUGUCAAGCUGUCGACGGCAAAGUUUCCGGGUGGCUACUCUGGGAACACGAUGUCAUAAAGGUUGUAACAACGGUGGGAUGUUGUUCCGGUGCGACAGGACGCCUUGCAGCUGCUAGUACCGUCUUAUCGUCCCGAGCAGCGCCUUUCGCCCUAUUCCGAGGCGGACAAAGUCAUCAAAACCUGGGUCCGGAGAUAAUACCUGGACGGCAACGCUCACUUAUACGUACCGUCGAAGCAGACGUCCGUAAGGAGCAGUACUCCACAAACCAACACCACCGGCGGCGAAAGAGCCUCCGCAACCCUCGGCGAAGACCUCUCGAGAAGGAGACUACAUUGCCAACAGUACACGCCGCUGUUCAAGCACAAGAUAUCCCUCUCUGGCGAAGCAAACAUGGCGAGGAGUAUUUAGAGGAAAUCAGUGGCCAAUUUGAGGCCAAGGAGGAGCUCGGCUUUGACUCGCACAGGACUUGA